UUUGAACCCAACUCCUAUAUAUUUUUUUCUUCUUUUCCAUCAUCAUUCUCCUUCCUGUUCUUGUUCUCCCUUUGCAACAAUGAAACCUCUUUGUCGUCUUCGCCGCCUAUAUUCCAUAUGGAUGUUCAUCUUGGCUCUUCUCGUCACGGCAACCGACGUUCCUACAUCUGUAGGUGCUGCUGAUAACGUUGAUUACUUGGCGUGCAAGAACACUUUAAGCUGUGGAACCGUCAACCAACUCACUUACCCUUUCUGGGGUCAAAUUGACAACACUAAUAACAGGCCAAACUCUUGCGGUGAGCCUAACUUGCAGAUCACAUGUGAAGAUAAAAACAAUAAUAAUGGGGUCCCAAAGUUCACAGUGGAUUCUGUCAAAUACAGGAUUCUUGAUUGGGAGUGGGACAUCAGUAAACAGAAUCUGACAGUUGCUAGGGACGAUUACUUUAGUACUAGCUUUGAUUUCUGUUCAGGAGAUUUCAGCAACAACACCUUGGAUAAAACCAUACUUCAAUAUGAUGAUAACAGUGUUGUUAAUAUCACACUCUUGUACAAGUGUUCUUCAGAAACAAAGCCUUCUUCGGAUCAGUUUACGUUUGUUCAAAGUUGCAACAGCGGUAGUGUCUACUAUGCUGAACAAGAUGAUAAUAAGGCGCUGCCUUAUUAUGAAGGUUGCAGCACUGUUAUUUUUCCUGUUUCAAAGUCCCUAGCUUCGGCUUUUGCUAACAGUGCCAGUAACCCCAUUACUACUAUAAUUCAGCAAGCGUUGCAAGGUGGUUUUGUCUUGAAAUUAUUGCCUCAAAUCAAUGAUAAGUGCAGGGGAUGCACUAACUCAGGUGGCAAUUGUGGCAGCAAUGAUGGACAUUUCGUCUGUUACUGUAACGAUGGAACUCAUCAAAAUUCUUGUUCAGGGAAAAGUACUAACAAAGCAGCUAUUGCAGCAGGUGCUGCUUCAGGAGCUGUAGUCUUUGUUGUCCUUCUUAUAGGUACACUUUUUGUGGUAAGAAGAAGGAGAAGAAAUGCUGAAAGAUCAAGAAGCAACAAGGAUAUUUUGCCUCUGAGUGGAGUCCCUCUUACAUCUUCAACUACAAGUAGUAGUAACACAUCUCAGAGUGUUUCUUCUUACCCUUCCUCCAAGUCUGAUUCUGUGCCAAAGAGUUACUACUAUGGUGUUCAAGUGUUUGACUAUGCUGAACUUGAAGAAGCUACCAACAAUUUUGACCCUUCUAGAGAACUUGGUGAGGGAGGCUUUGGCACUGUUUACAAAGGUAUGCUUCAAGAUGGGCGUGUAGUUGCAGUGAAACGCCACUAUGAAAGCCAUUUAAAGCGUGUUGAGCAAUAUAUGAAUGAAGUUGAGAUUCUAGCACACUUGAGGCACAAGAAUUUGGUCACACUCUUUGGCUGCACUUCAAGACACAGCAGAGAACUCAUCCUUGUUUAUGAGUUCAUACCUAAUGGAACACUAGCCGAUCACCUCCAUGGAAGCCUUGCAAAUUCCACCUUACUUACUUGGAAUGUAAGAUACAAAGUUGCACUCGAAACAGCCGAGGCGCUCUCCUACCUUCACUCUAAGAAAGUUAUACACAGAGAUGUUAAGUCCACAAACAUUCUGCUGACAGAGACUUUUCAAGUUAAGGUUGGUGAUUUUGGACUAUCAAGGUUGUUUCCUAAAUUUGUUACUCAUGUCUCAACAGCGCCACAAGGCACACCUGGCUAUGUUGAUCCGGAGUAUUACCAGAACUACCAACUAACUGAUAAGAGUGAUGUUUAUAGCUUUGGAGUUGUGUUGGUUGAGCUUAUAUCUUCAUUGCAAGCAGUGGACAUAACCCGGAACCGGAACGAAGUUAACUUGGCUAGUCUUGCAGUGAAUAGGAUACAGAACCAAGAAUUGCAUGAAAUGGUUGAUCCAUGUCUUGGAUUUGAGAAGGACAAUGAUGUAAGGAGGAUGGUAACUGCUGUUGCUGAAUUGGCAUUUAGGUGCUUGCAGCAGCAGAGAGAUAUGAGGCCCUCCAUGGAUGAAGUUCUUGAGAUCUUGAGAGGGGUAAAGGGUGAUGAGUUUGGUGCAUUAGAGAGAAACUCAUCAGAAUCAGUGGUGGGUGUUAACCAUAAUAAGACAGAGGAGGUUAUACUUUUGAAGAAGGUUCCACCACCAGUUUCACCAGAUUCUGUUGCUGAUAAAUGGGUUAGCAGCUCUUCUACAUCUAGCACUUCAUAGCUUCUAAGAUUAUUUUUUCCAUUUCUUUUGUAAUGGUUUCAAUGAGCUAGUUUCAGAGUUCACCAUACCCUUCACAAUUCACAUCUCUUAAGAUUCAUUUUGAGGCCUUUUAUGUAUGUUUUCAUGUUAAUAUGUGUGAGAGGUUGAACUCAACAUUGAAAAAUAGGUAAUAUGAUUAGAGAAGAGAGACUUAAUAAAUACUUUUGGUGUAAAUAUUUUUACUCUAAUCAGUUUCUUUGAUUUAUAU